AUGAACGUGAAAGAGAAUAUCAAUGACUAUUAUUGGUCUUCAUUACAUAUCAUAAAAGCUAAAGCAUCAUUUGCUCAAGAACGUAUUUUCUUAGAUGAGCAAAUUCGAUUUUCGUCAACAAAUAAUAAUACUAACAACAUGUAUGUUAUUCCAUUAAUUUAUCGAAUAUCAUCUAUGAAUGAUCAAAUAUCUAUUUCGCGAUUACAACAUGCAAUUCAAUCUAUUAUAAGAAAACAUCAAAUUCUUCGAACAGCACUCCAUCUUGAUACAAAUGGUACUAUUAUUCAACACUAUUUAGAUGCAAAUGCUAUUAUCAAUGAUAAGAAAUCAUCUAGAUUUUCGAUAAUUAAUCUUCCUGAUGAAGAACAUGAACAGAAUGAAAUUGUAAAGAAGAUUUUAAAUCAAUCAGAUUUGUUUGAUUUAUCAAAAGGACAUGUUAUUAAUUGUCAUAUUCUUCGUCGCGCUCAAUCAAAUCAUACAUUCACUCAGAAUAAUAAUGAUCUAUUGACUAAAGAUGAUCUGAUAUUAUUUACCAUUCAUCAUGCUUGCUUUGAUGGAGCAUCGACAUCAAUUUUUCUUCGUGAUCUAUCUCUUGCUUAUCAAUCUAAUGACUUAUUGUCUAUAGAUGACAAUUCAGUACAAUAUAUUGACUAUUGUGUUCAUGAACACAUAAUGAACAUGACAUCGUCUCAAGAAUUUUGGCAAUUAGAACUCAAAGGAUAUACUCUCACGCGCCAAUUAUCAUUACCUGUUGAUCGACAACGUUCGUCAACCAAUCAACGAUCAGGUUUAGCUUCUUCAGCUCAAAUUAUUUUUGAUGAUGAAAUAUGUGCAUCAUUUCGCAACUAUGCAUCAUCACAUCAUCUCACACUCUUUCAACUUGGAUUAUCCAUAUUUUAUGUUUUCCUAUUCAAAUUAACUCAUGGUCAGACUGAUUUAUGUAUUUCUUCUAUCAAUGCUAAUCGAUAUCGAAGUGAACUAGUGAAUAUGAUAGGAAUGUUUGUUUCAACAUUACCAUAUCGUGUUGAACUUGAUCCACAUUGGUCAUUUGAUGAAAUAGUUAAAUACGUACAUGAAAAA